CGUCGAUCAAAUCCUUUGAAGAGGGUAGGAAGAAUUGCUUUCAGUAAAAUACGCAACAUGAUUAAUACAAUGUUCAGCCUCGUCGCUAGACAGUAGGCUAUUCCUCAUGGGUUGCAGAAUAUACCCUAUUACCUACUUGUAGGCAAUAGAUUUCCGUCUGCAUGUGUCUAGCUGCUCGCCUAGUCAUUAAUAACUGAACCAGAUUUAAUCAUUUGAAGCCACGAUUAGAGACGAUAGAAAACCAAAUCUUCGAUAGGCUUCCUGAAACUUUUGGGUAAUCGCCUACUUUGGCUAAUGCAAUAAUUGUCUAACAAAAGUCUCUUUUCAGCUAUGCUAUAAGUUGUUUUUCGCAUGAAUUUUUGCUGUAAUUAGCCUAUUUCUGAACAACUUAAUUAUAGGCAUAAUGAUUCAGCAGCAGUUCUACCGUUAAACUUCACAUCUGACAGAAUUUUGGCAAUGGCUAUGGAAACCUUUUUUAAAACACUCUAAAUACCAUAUCUCAUAACACACAAAUCCGACUGAAACGGAACCUUUUCUCGUUUAGUUUAUAAUAAUGUUAAAUGACAUAUACUAAAUAUAUCUCAUUUGAGUGUAGACUACAUUUUGUCUAUCAUACUGUUCAGAAAAUGGGAUAAUCUAAUCAUAUGUCCAAUUACAAUACUGAUGGGCUCAAAUGUACUCUUUUGUCCAGUAAGCAAUAGUGGCAUAGCUCAGAAGUCAACAUGUUAGCUUAAUGAAAAAGACUCGCCUUCUCCCUUUCACCAGAAUGACAGACCAAGAGACCUCUAGUCCCGUAGCACGAGGAUGACCCCUCUGAAACAAAGCCUCUGUCCGUCACCUCCUCAGGCGUUGUGCUGCCGCUUUGUACCGAAGGUCUCUAGCUAUUGUUUUUAUUAUACCAGACAGUCAAGCUUGAAUUAUGUUCAGUAUUGGCAUCUGCUGGGACGCGGUUUGAGCCACACAAUCUAGGCCUACUAAAACAAAAGGUAGUUGUCGCUUAUUAUUGGCUAAAGAGAGUGAGGAUUUUGAUAUGCAAACCUUCGUUUGUAUGGGAACCACUUUACACAUUUCUGCCGUCCAUAAUCAUGUUUAAUAUUCUUGAAUUUUGUUUAUCUGAAUUUGUCGUCUCUGGAGUCGUUUGAUUACCCUUACUCUACAUAUUUAAUCGAAGUUGGUGCAAAUUGCUGCUGAUACGCUUGAGCCGAUACUCGUCGCGCCAUUUCAAUUGGCUGGGUUGGUCACGUGAGCUGUUAAAUCUGUGCAUCUGACGGCGAGGAGGAGGGCUUUAUGGUUACAGAAAAAAAGACAACUCGAGAAAAAUUAGUAUUUUCAGAAAUUAAUGACCAUGAGUUCGUAUAUGGUGAACUCCAAAUAUGUUGAUCCUCAAUUUCCACCUUGCGAAGAAUAUUCGCAAACCAACUAUAUUCCUGAACAGGCGGGUUACUACCCCUCUUCUCAAGAGACAGUCUACCCUGCAGACCUCUGCCCCCGGUCAGACUACACACCACAGACCUACACUUGUGACACGGUGCAACAGCAGGGUCGUGAGCCGGGGCUUUCCAGCCAGCCUCUUCCCUUCACCGGUCAGACGGAACCAUGCUCCCCUGUCCACCUGCCCGGUCCAAGGACCUGCGGCCCGCAACAACAGCAGAAAAGUGAGAGCAAGCCUCCGGCUGUUGUUUACCCGUGGAUGAAAAAGGUCCACGUUGUCACCGUGAACCCAAACCACACGGGACCGGAGCCCAAACGGUCGCGGACGGCGUAUACACGGCAGCAGGCUUUAGAACUGGAGAAGGAAUUUCAUUUUAACAGGUAUCUCACGCGGAGGCGACGCAUUGAGAUUGCACAUACGCUGUGUCUAUCGGAAAGGCAAAUUAAGAUCUGGUUCCAGAACCGGAGGAUGAAGUGGAAGAAGGACCAUAAACUUCCCAACACCAAAGGCCGAUCCUCCGGUGGCCCUGGCCAGAGAUCGCUGGCAGUAACUAAGGACGACCCUACUCACAUCACGGCACUGUAGGGCAGGGCACUCCGUCCUGGAAGUACUGGGUUUAAACAGCUAUGUUGAAACACGUGGAGAACACGCACACAGAGAGUUUAUAUGAAGACACGAUUUUUGUUCCGAUUCAAGGCUGAUCCAUGCAGAGAAACAGGCUUCGGGGUUAAUGCAACUCAACUUAAACCUCAUCUUACCUGUUUGACCGAAAUAGACUAUAUGUGAACAAACCCACGUCCAGUUAAGUCAGUUCUUCAUGACAGUAGACUAUUUAUAUUCAUCAGUUUGAUAUGCUAUGUUUAUUAUAAUCUUUCAUUUCGUCCUUUCUGUAUUUUUGGGGGUGAAUAUCGCCCGUUAAUGUUUAUGUAAAUGCAGCAUAUUUUAUUUGUAAAAAUGCUUCUGAAUGCCCGAAUACCAAUAAUGUAAACUACAAAUAAAGUAGUU